AUGUCUGGGUCUGACAAUGACUCCUUCACUGUGUCUGGGUCUGACAAUGACUCCUUCACUGUGUCUGGGUCUGACAAUGACUCCUUCACUGUGUCUGGGUCUGACAAUGACUCCUUCACUGUGUCUGGGUCUGACAAUGACUCCUGUUCUGUGUCUGGGUCUGACAAUGACUCCUUCACUGUGUCUGGGUCUGACAAUGACUUCUGCACUGUGUCUGACAAUGACUCCUGUUCUGUGUCUGGGUCUGACAAUGACUUCUGCUCUGUGUCUGGGUCUGAUAAUGACUUCUGCACUCAGUCUGGGUCUGUCAAUGACUCCUGCUCUGGGUCUGGGUCUGACAAUGACUUCUGCUCUGUGUCUGGGUCUGACAAUGACUCUUUCACUGUGUCUGGGUCUGACAAUGACUUCUGCUCUGUGUCUGGGUCUGACAAUGACUCCUUCACUGUGUCUGGGUCUGACAAGUACUUCUGCUCUGUGUCUGGGUCUGACAAUGACUCCUGCUCUGGGUCUGGGUCUGACAAUGACUUCUGCUCUGUGUCUGGGUCUGACAAUGACUCCCUCACUGUGUCAGGGUCUGACAAUGACUCCUUCACUGUGUCUGGGUCUGACAAUGACAUCUGCACUGUGUCUGGGUCUGGCAAUGACUCCUGCUCUGUCUGGUUCUGA